AUGAACGUCGCCGAAGACCAAGCCCUUUUACUUCCAGGACGUGUUCCUGGCUUCAAAAGGAAUUGACAUGAAACUGCUGCCAAGCUCCAUGACAAAAUCUCGUCUUUGGAAAAGCUACCAAGGUGCGUGCGCUGCUGUGGGACACGAAUCUGUUGGCUAUUCAAAGUUCUGUGAUUUGUGGACCCAACUUUGCCCUUUCAUUGUUAUAAUGAGACCAGCGUCUGAUCUCUGCUGA